AUGUAUGCGUCUGUGGAAGCGGAAGUCAGGCAGCAAAAGAAAAAAGGUCUGGUCAUUGCGGCGAAAAGUGCGGUAAACGUAGCGCAGAAACAGAAUCCUUCUUUCGAAAUACCUCAUCGAAUCAAUAAGGAUUGCCUUACACAUGGCACAAUGGAGUACUCUGCGAAGAUGCUUUUGAAUAAAGAAGAACGUUGGACGAAAGCUAUGAAACUGUUGCUGACGAAUCUACGUGCGGCUAUGGUACAGAUUGCAGCACUUAGACCGAGUGGAAUGUAG